GUAGCGAGGCCUUCAAUCGCGCGAUGCUCAUGAACGUGGGAUACGUGGAGGCCUUGAAGGAACGACCUUUCGACUGUUUCAUUUUUCACGACGUCGACCUACUUCCUGAAGACGAUAGGAAUCUGUACACGUGCCCGGAGCAGCCGCGGCACAUGUCCGUCGCGGUGGACAAGUUCAAAUACAGGCUACCGUACGCCGAUCUCUUCGGCGGCGUGUCGGCCAUGUCGCGCGAGCAGUUCCGCCUGGUGAACGGGUUCAGCAACGUGUUCUGGGGCUGGGGCGGCGAGGACGACGACAUGGCGAAUCGGAUCAAGGCGCACGGCCUUCACAUCUCCCGGUACCCGGCGAACGUGGCGCGAUACAAGAUGCUUACGCACAAGAAGGAGAAGGCCAAUCCAAAGAGGUACGAGUAUCUGAAAACGGGCAAGAAGAGAUUCUCCACGGACGGGCUGACCAAUCUCCAGUACGAGCUGGUCGACGUACAGAGGCCAAAGUUGUACACGUGGCUGUUGGUGAAGCUGACGCCCCCGCAGCCUAGC